AUGGUUGUGUCGUCUCCUAUUCCAACAAGUACCAUGUCGACCCGAACCAAAAAGACAAAAGCUUUGGGAAUUCCCACCAUUGAUCUCUCUCUCGACAAACCCAUGUUGUCGGAAAAGAUAGUGGAAGCCCUAGAAGAAUAUGGGUUUUUUAAGGUAACUAACCAUGGAGUCUCCAACGAGAUAAUAUCGGGAAUGGAAAAGGAAGCAGACGAUUUCUUCUCCAAACCAGAUUGGGAUAAGCAACUUGCUGGACCAGCCAACCCUUUUGGAUAUGGCUGCAAGAACAUUGGCUUUCAUGGUGAUAAGGGUGAUCUCGAGUAUCUUCUUCUCCAUACUAAACCUAGUAUGAUCUUUGAGAGAUCCAAAUCCAUCUCCCCAAACCCUUCAAAGUUCAGAUAUGUGGUGAAUGAUUACGUGGUGGCAGUGCGACAACUCGCAUGUGACAUUCUUGAUCUAACCGCAAAGGGUCUUCGAGUAGAUGAUAAAUCGGUGUUUAGUCGUUUAAUAAGGGAUGGUGAGAGUGACUCCGUUUUUAGACUCAAUUAUUACCCGUCACAUAAGAAAUGGUCCCCUCAGACAAAACUCGAUCAUCUAGAUUGUCAUCAACGACCUACGAAUUCUCGUAUUGGAUUUGGUGAGCAUUCCGAUCCCCAGAUCUUGACCAUCCUCCGAUCAAACGAUGUAGAAGGGCUUGAGAUAUGUUCCCGUGAUGGUUUGUGGGUACCGGUCCCUCCAAGUCCAUCCGAGUUUUGCGUAAUAGCUGGCGAUUCUUUACAGGCUAUGACAAAUGGAAGGAUUCCGGCCCUAAGGCAUAGAGUGAUUGCAACAAUUUCGACAAAACCUAGAUUGUCAAUGAUGUAUUUUGGGGCGCCACCUCUCGAUGCAUGGAUUGCUCCUCUACCGGAGAUGUCUUCAUUAAUUUACAAGCCUAGCCUUUACAAACCAUUUACAUGGGGCGAGUAUAAGAGAGCUGCAUACUCCUUAAGACUCGGAGAUUCGCGUUUAGAACUUUUCGUCAAUCGCAACGUCAAGGACAAAGUUGAUGCGUUUUAAUUUGAUC